UUAACCACGGCCGGAUGUAAACAAUUUUUGUUUCUUACCAAGAAAAAUAAUAAAUGGCUUUUUAUUUACUAAACGUAUUGAUUUUUAUAAUCGCUUACCUGUCGUUUGUUCGCCCUGCUGCAGUUCACGACAAUAUCGCACUAGCGUGGCCCCAAGCGUCUAAGACGACGACGGUAGUCACGACAACCACCAAAUCAACUUCCCUCGCUUGUGCCACAUUAGUUGAACCUUUAGCCACAACUGCGUGCAAUCGUAAAAAGCAAUUGUGGGGCGUGUUUUACACGCUCGUUCACGAUGACACUGAACAAUUUCAUCCGGUCAACCCAACUCACGUUUUUAAAGUCGAACCGUCCGUUCUACCUGAAAAUUACAUAAUGUUUCCUAUUGGCGUUCAAUCGUCAUUGAAUGGCGAUCCAAUCGAAUCAGCCAUGCGCAUUGCUGAUCCUUUCCUAUUUUCAAGUUUUAUCUCAUCCCUAUUCUCUAAUCUAUUUCCAGGCCCCAGCGCCACUGCGUACACUAGCACAGUAACCAGCACCGUAUUCACGGCCACGUCCACUUACACCCUAUCGGCAGUGUCGUGUGUACCGGUCGAUUUGAUCACCUGUCCGUCCACACCUGACGCUGCAAUCAUCGAUGUAACCGAGAAUCCCAUUACUGAAGAUCCUGUAACCGAUGUCCUUAUAACUUUGAUAUAAAUUUUUAAAUUUUGCUUUAUUGAAAAUUUAAUUGCUUCUUUUUCUACAUUUAAAAUAAACAUUCGUUUAAUUUC